AUGUUCUGGCGGCUCGGAAAGUUGGUGCUCAAAAAUGGAGCCAAAAGUAUUAAACGCUUCAAAUCAUGCCAUGCCUGUGGCGUGCCACUACAAAGCAGAGAUUCCCUAAAAUCUGGAUAUUACACGCCACCCAAGGCUUCGCCAGUGAGCUCUAAAAAUGCUCAAUUAGGGGACUUAAGGGAACUGAAGUACCUACUUUUCAGUCAAGAUCUGCGCAGCUUGCAGCGACCAAAUAACACAUCCGAUUUUAUGGCCGAAGAGACUGAUCACCUAAAGCCGACCAAUAAGCUAGUGUGCAAACGGUGUAGUGACGCAUUGCACCAAAACAGGCACAACGCUGAGGAUUUCCGCCCAUUUUCAGCUCCAGAGGUCUGCAAACACAUCCCAAAGGAUGCAGAUGUCUUCCAUAUUUUACCGCUGGCACAAUUUCCUUUGAAUUUCGACAGUGGUCUCUUUUUGGAUCCUACAUACAAUGCAUCUCUACUGCUGUCCAAGGGCGACCAAGUGACACCCGACAAGGCAGUUUUACAGCGCAAAGCUCCACCAUUUUUUAAUGAUUUCCUGCGAACAACGCUAGGAGUUGUAUCAAAUAAGGCGGUGGCAUUUUCCGCCACUCAAAAUUGGAACGUUCAAAGCGUUUAUUCUAUGUUGCGCGGCAAGUCUUAUUUGCUAGGAAGUCCCAAUUCUGGGAAAUCUACGUUAAUCAACGCACUUUUAAAGCGUUACGGGGGCUACAAAUACUCGGAGUCUGUAGCACCUCGCGAAUUUAAGAGCCCUACAAAUCUGGUUCUUCAAGAAGGAGCUGGCGUUUCGCACAUUCCCAAUAUGACCCGAAACUUACAAACAUAUCAAAUUGGCGAGAAGAAAGUGAAUGACCUACCUGGCUACUCCCAAAAUGUCGAGAACACACCGCUAGACACGUUCCUUGAAGCCAAAGUUCUCGAAAAAAUACGAAAAACACAUCUUUUCACAAAAUCUAAGCUGGUCAGACAGAAAUAUACUUCCGUUAAGGGUACCGAUUAUGGUCGUUGUUAUACAGUUAGCGGCAUCUUCUACCUUGUUCCACCACCCGGGACAAUAAAUCAAGUGGUCAAUUACAUCCCUGGGAAUGAAAAGCAGUACCACGAUAUCGAUAAAGCUUUGUCGGUAGCCUUCAAUGAACUGAACUCCAACGAGGGCGGUGCACUAAAACAGUACGUAGGAGUUGCGAAACACAUGGGUUCUAAAGACAAUUACGUUCGCCAUGUGAUACCUCCCUUCCAAGGCACUGUUGAAAUUGUGAUGAAAGAUAUUGGCUAUUUCCAACUCAAAGCAACAGGCAAAUAUCACUUUUCGGGCUUGUAUGAGAUUUGGCUACCGAAGGGCAUUGAAAUUAUCAUUCGAGAACCCAUAGUUCGUCUUAUCGAGCAAGGUUUUGAAACACAUCUCGAAUCCCAAGGAAAGAAAAGUGCUUUUCCAGAAAAACGACCGGUAUUCAGUUCUACAUAUCCAAUGGACGUAAAUGAGCCUGACACCCUGACUAAAAUGAAAGACAUGUUUUUGGAACGAACGAGUAACGAUAUAAUGAGCAGAAGGCUGAUACAUCAUGAUCCCAUGGAUAUCGUCGGCCAGCUUCAAAACAACCUGCCUAAUUUGUACUGGUACUAUAAGUGGUAG